AUGUAUUGGGAUUUAAAAUGGGAUAUUUUCAUAAAUAAUGAUAUCAUACUGCAACGAGAAAUAUUUAUUUCAGUGAAUCCACAUUCAGAGAACAAAGGAGUCCAGGCAUCAGCACAUCCUUCAGAAAGUAAACUACUGCCAGAUGAGAGUUUAAAGCUGAAGGAGAAGAAUCUUGUGAGAGUGGUUGAGAGGUUAGGAAGUAAUUGGUGGCAAGUGGGUGUGUUCUUAGGAGUGAAAUUUAUUGAGAUAGAAAUUAUCAAGCAUGACUUUCCCUUCGACACAAUAGAACAGAGCUUCCAGAUGCUCCUCAAAUGGUAUACACAUUGUAAUCCAGAGGAAUGUACAUUCAAAAUACUCAGAGAAGCCCUUGAAACUGUUGAGUGCUUUGAUGCCCUCGGAUGCCUAUUAGAGGGAAUUUCUACGUAAAUGUUGUUGUUUAGUCCCAGGUCAGAGAUUUAUGAUCAAAUGCAUUCCAGCCAUAACCACCCUAACUUUAUUCUUAAUGUAGAGGAGCCAGUAACUCAUUGUCCUGUGUAUUCUUCUUUCAGGUGAUAAGGUAUGUACUGUGGUCAACUUGGCUUCUACUUCUAGCAUAUAUAUCUACUACAUAGAGACCGUUUUACUGGU